GGGCCCUGGAUCCCGGGUCCCUGGCCUGGCAUGCCUCCUGAUCUCCAGGCCCGCCCCUAUCCUCUUCAUUUUGAUCCAUCCCGUGCUGGGGAAAGCGGCUUGUUUAUUGGUUAGAUAAGACUUUUUUUUUCUUUUGGAAAAAGAAUAGCUUAAGAUCAGUAGAGUUUGGGAUUCUUGGCACUGGCAGUGGCGUGAGACGCCUUCUCUGAUCCGGCUUUGUAGGGCUGGCGGCUCUGGGAGGAGAGAGGAGGCUCAGAUGAGCCCCUGCUGACUUGAGAGAGACCAAGCCGAUUGCUGAGAGGAACUGGAAGAAGAAGAAAAAAAACCCAAACGCAGUGAGAAGCGCUCCCUCACCAUGAGUAGCGCUGUGUUGGUGACUCGCCUGCCGGAUCCCAGCAGCAGCUUCCGCGAGGAUGCCCCGAGGCCUCCGGUUCCGGGAGAAGAGGGAGAGACUCCACCGUGCCAGUCAGGGGUGGGCAAGAGUCAGGUCACCAAACCCAUGCCUGUUUCCUCAAAUGCCAGGCGGAAUGAAGAUGGGCUGGGGGAGCCCGAGGGACGGGCCUCUCCUGAUUCCCCUUUGACCAGGUGGACCAAGUCCUUGCACUCCUUGUUGGGCGACCAAGACGGUGCAUACCUCUUCCGGACUUUCCUGGAGAGGGAGAAGUGUGUGGAUACCUUGGACUUUUGGUUCGCCUGUAAUGGAUUCAGGCAGAUGAACCUGAAGGAUACCAAAACUUUGCGAGUAGCCAAAGCGAUCUACAAGAGGUACAUUGAGAACAACAGCAUUGUGUCCAAGCAGCUGAAACCUGCCACUAAGACCUACAUACGAGAUGGCAUCAAGAAGCAACAGAUCGAUUCCGUCAUGUUUGACCAGGCACAGACCGAGAUCCAAGCGGUGAUGGAGGAAAAUGCCUACCAGAUGUUUUUGACUUCUGACAUAUACCUCGAAUAUGUGAGGACUGGGGGAGAAAACACAGCUUAUAUGAGUAACGGGGGGCUGGGGAGCCUAAAGGUGUUGUGCGGCUACCUCCCUACCUUGAAUGAAGAAGAGGAAUGGACUUGUGCUGACUUCAAGUGCAAACUUUCACCUACUGUGGUUGGCUUGUCUAGCAAAACUCUUCGGGCCACAGCAAGUGUGAGGUCCACGGAAACGGUUGAAAAUGGUUACAGGUCCUUCAAGAGGAACGAUCCCCUUAACCCCUAUCACGUAGGUUCCGGCUACGUCUUCGCACCAGCCACCAGUGCCAAUGACAGUGAGAUAUCCAGCGAUGCACUGACCGACGAUUCCAUGUCCAUGACGGACAGUAGCGUAGACGGAAUCCCUCCUUACCGCAUGGGGAGUAAGAAACAGCUCCAGAGAGAAAUGCAUCGCAGUGUGAAGGCCAAUGGCCAAGUGUCUCUACCUCAUUUCCCGAGAACCCAUCGUCUGCCCAAGGAGAUGACACCCGUGGAGCCCGCUGCCUUUGCAGCCGAGCUCAUCUCGAGGCUGGAGAAGCUGAAGCUGGAGCUGGAGAGCCGGCACAGCCUGGAGGAGCGGCUGCAGCAGAUCCGCGAGGAUGAAGAAAAGGAGGGCUCCGAGCAGGCACUGAGCUCACGGGACGGAGCGCCUGCCCAGCACCCGCUGUCCCUCCUGCCCUCUGGUAGUUACGAAGAGGACCCACAGACCAUUCUGGAUGACCACCUGUCCAGGGUCCUCAAGACCCCCGGCUGCCAGUCGCCCCCUAGCCUGGGCCGCUAUAGCCCUCGCUCCCGUUCCCCCGACCGCCACCACCAUCAUCAGCAGUACCACCCCCUCCUCCCAGCCGGGGGCAAACUGCCACCCGUGCCUGCCUGCCCGCUCCUCGGGGGUAAGGGCUUCGUUACCAAACAGACGACGAAGCACGUUCACCACCACUACAUCCACCACCACGCUGUCCCCAAGACCAAGGAGGAGAUAGAGGCGGAAGCCACACAGAGGGUGCGCUGCUUGUGCCCCGGGGGCACCGAGUAUCACUGUUACCUGAAGACCAAGAGCCACCCAAAGGCUCCUGAGCCCUCGCUGGGGGAGCAGUCCGGUGGAGGCAGGGGCAGCACCUUGCCCAGACGCAGUGCGAAAGGUACGGAGCUGGCCCUCACCCUGCCGGCCAGGGAAGGAGGGGCGUCCAGCGGAACAGGGGCCUUGCAGCUGCCUGGGGAGGAAGGAGACCGUUCACAGGAUGUCUGGCAGUGGAUGCUGGAGAGUGAGCGGCAGAGCAAGCCCAAGCCCCACAGUGCCCAAAACACAAGAAAGACCUACCCCUUGGAGCCUGCCCACUCAUCCUCCAGCGAGCGAGUCGGCCGGCAUCAUCUGUGGGGGGGUAGCGGACACCCCCGCUCGACCCCCAGGACCCACCCGUUUACCCCGGACCCUGCAGUGCCUCCCCUAACCCCACCCAACACCUUGGCACAGCUGGAGGAGGCUUGCCGCAGGCUGGCCGAGGUUUCCAAGCCCCCAAAGCAACGGUGCUGUGUGGCCAGUCAACAGAGGGACAAGAACCACUCAGCCGCUGGUCAGGCAGUAGCCACACCCUUCUCCAGCUCCAGCCUGGCUUCAGAAGAUCACAAAGAGCCAAAGAAACUGGCAGGGGUGUACGCGCUCCAGGCCAGCGAGUUGGUCGUCACCUACUUUUUCUGUGGAGAAGAGAUUCCGUACAGGAGGAUGCUGAAGGCUCAGAGCUUGACCCUGGGCCACUUUAAAGAGCAGCUCAGCAAAAAGGGAAAUUACAGGUAUUACUUCAAAAAAGCAAGUGACGAGUUUGCCUGUGGAGCAGUUUUCGAGGAGAUCUGGGAUGAUGAAACGGUGCUCCCUAUGUAUGAAGGCAGAAUACUGGGCAAAGUGGAGAGGAUCGACUGAGCCUUGGUGCACCGUGGAGCCAAAGCUCUGGGACAUGUCUUGGACCUACAAUGACAGCCACACAACAGUUUGAAGGAAAAUUAAAUCAAUGAAGAAAACAAAGUCUAGGGAGGCAUUGGCCCCUGGGCCUUGAGGAGGGUGGGGAAGGUUUUCAUUAUUCAUGAGCAGGGUACUGAGAUAAGAAAAGCCUGAACUAUUUAUUAAAAACAUGACCACUCUUGGCUAUCGAAGAUGCUGACUGUUUGAGAGACCGCCAUGCAUAAUCUAUGACUUCCUAGGGAUCUGAAAUCCAUAAACUUAAGAGAAACUGUGUAUAGCUUACCUGAACAGGAGUCCUUACUGAUAUUUAUUGAACAGUCGAUUCCCCCCCCCCAAUUUUAUGGAUAUGCUGCUCUAAACACGGAACGGGGAGAGAGGAAGUUGUAUUUGUUCUGUCUGCACUUAGGAGCCGAGCUGGGAGUGCGUUAAUUUCUUCGUUAAGAAAGGAAUACCCUUUGCACUGCGUCAAGUGAAGACAAGCUUCUUAAAAGAUGGUGCCCAACCGUUGAUACACGUAGAAAUUGGUGCAUUUCCUACCCCCAACCCCUACGCACACCCCUGAGCUGCUCUGUUUGUCGUCAGGCUCUCGUGGGUGGGCUGUGGUGGGCACCCGCCCCCUUUGGUAUCAUCAUGUUAGGUAGGGUGACCCAGCGUGGAGGAGGGAGCCUUCACCCUGUGGCCAAGGCCAUCCUUCUGAAGCCUUCACCCCUCAGUCCUGGGGCCCGGGGGUCGAGCCUGCUGAAGCCACCGCCUUGUGGUUCAAGCUUGUAUUGAAGUGACAAUUCCUUGAUUUUUUUUUUUUUUCUUUAUAAAAUUAUGCCUUUGGACCACAACCAGUCAGGAACGCCCCCUCCCCCCCCCCCCACGCCCACAGGGAUUCAGAGGACCUAGCAGCACCUCUCCUCCAGACGCUUUCCCUUUGACGUUCGGGUGUGUGUGAAGUUAAUCAGUACAUUGUUUGCCAUUGUUCCCUGUGCUACGCGUCUGUAUACAGUGUACGGCAAAGAGUGUUAACCCACUGGCUAGUGCUUGACUGGAAUCAGUACAGUAGCUGUACCAGCACGGGACUCGCCGUGCGUCGCCCUGUAUUGAGGGCUCAAGCUUUCCCUUGUUUUUUGAAAGGGGUUUAUGUACAAAUAUAUUUUAUGCCUUUUUAUUACGUCUUGUACUCAAUGACUUUUGUCAUGACAUCUUGUUCUACUUAUACUGUAAAUUAUGCAUUACAGAGUUCAUUUAAGGAAAAUUACUUGGUACAAUAAUUAUUGUAAUUAAGAGAUGUAGCCUUUAUUAAAAUUUUAUAUUUUUCACAA